AACGACAAGUAAAACGAGAACCACGUCGAGGAGCACAUGAUGGGCUAAGUAUAACAGUAGUCAGCCGCUCGACCUCGUCGCUGCUAGGCGCUUGUUGUAAGUUGUACUCAGAUUUUUAAGUAGAACAUGAUGAUGCUGAUCAUUCGAGCCCAGAAAAAGUGAUACUCAGGCGGUCGGAAAAGCUCCUGCUACUCGUCCCGCCAAGCCCGUCGUGCCACUGAAAACAUAGAUUCUUAGAACAGUAGCGACUUUCGUAGUGGGAGAUCCCAGUAGAUGAAGCAUCGUGAUUUAACUGUACGAACCGCAUUGAUCGUGUAGGCAUACUUAAUGACGCAACGUGCAGCUCUAGCUCUUCGUGAAGGAGUUCCUUUUCAGCUUUUUUCGUAAAAAAGGAAAAAAUGCACUAGAUGACGUAGAUCUGCAACCAUCAAGGAGACACGGUAGCAAGCGUGUUCAGCUCUGCAUCGAUUCGUAGUAAGACAUUUUAGGACUCUUAAAUCCGUCAUAGAAAUAGAAAUUCGUGCGGGCGCCAAGAACAUAGGAAAGUGCUGCCGUGUUGAAAGCCUCCACUUCGAAGAUAAAAAGACUUCUCUGGUCAUUAAAGAGCUGGAAUAGAAGAUCGAGAUCGCUCGUCUCGAUUAGGCCGAGCUACGUAGUUUCCUGCCGUGUUAGAAGCCUGGUCAAUAUUUCCUUGUUGUAGAGCAGUCACGUUCAAAUACAUUGUAGGGCCACAAGAACGCUGAAGAUCGUGCCUAGGCCUCCUCGUGCAAAAUGAGAAUACUGAAGACGGGCAGUGUAGCUGCGGAUGAAGUUGUCAAGUAGCGAGCUAGGUUCAUCCUGCAGAACAUUCGUACGGGUGUCAGCUGCAUUUGAUAGUUAGAGUUCAAGCAGAAUCCAUCGUCGCUGUGUUGAAAAAUUCAAGUGCCAUUUUCACAUAUGCUGGAGAUUAUUCAAAAAAAAAACAGAUCGCAAUCAAGGUUGCUGCAUAUUACCCGUUCCCCCAGUAGGUAGGAAAAUUUACAAAAAGUAGUUCCGUGGUCCCUUUUUAGCCUCCGCGCCAUCGUAGAAAGAGGCCCGCCCUCGUGCCGCGACAAAUAAAUCCGUAGGGGCUCGAGGUAGUAGAAAAAAAACAAGAAGACUCAAUCAACAAACUGGCGAACCACUUCCGAAAAAGAUCUCAUUUCGCUUUUUAGUACUGUUUUUGCUACUCAUUUUCUAGGCGCGCCGUAACAUCAACACCACGUAGUUCAUCUUAUGCUUAAAUCAAGAUCCUCUAUUGAUCGUAUUACUUGGGGUAGUACAGCCUCCUACCAGAAGUGCGUACUUAGUUUCCUCGCGGCCUACAACGCAUCGUAGGUGAACGCAUUGCCGCUUCCUGUCGACAGAAAACUUUUCCAAGCCAGCAGUUUUUUUGCGCGACGGUCGGCGACCCAAUUUUUGAUUCGUGGACAUUGAAGCUUUUUUUGAUAGCGUCUUUCAACCCUUGUAGUGCUAAGUAGCACGGGUAGUACUAGUGCAAGGAUUGCAGUGACAGUGAGCACUAGAAGAUUCCUCGGGGUAGUGAUUUGUUAGAGGGUGAUCGACGUACACGUAGGGCAGUCACAUCUAGAUUCUAAUCCUCUACUAGAGCUAGAAGAAGCAACAUAGUCGACAUCGCGGGACGAGGACCAAGAAGAACUACGGCUGCAGGAGAAGUUUUUAGCUGGGUAGAAGAACAUCAAACGUGGGUUUGGAUCACGAAGAUUUUUGAUAUAACUACGAGCUGCGCCGCUUGUUGGACUGAAGUAGGACGAGGCUUUUCCAUUCUAGAAACGCAGCAGACGAGUUACACGACUAGGGAAACAAGAACAACGCGGCAAAAUGUCGGGCCCCCGCCAAUACACACAAGAUCCGGCCGAAAUGUUUGUCGGCAAUCUUGUGAAAGACAGUACUUUUUCUACAUUUCAUUUUUUUUUUUCUAUUGGUAUACUGCGUAUAUCUAAGUGAAUCCAUAGAAACAACUACUUAUCACAAAAAAUAAAUGAAGGGAUCAUUUAGAUUCCUGCUGCAGCGAUCGCGAUGUUGAAUUUCAAGUUUUGACAUACGGCCCCCACCAAACAACACCACAGACGAGGUCCACUCGACGAAGGCGCUGAGGACGUUUUUCGAACAAUUCGGACCGGUGAAAGAUGUCGACGUGAAGAAGGACCGCAACGGCCUUGGCAAGGGCUUUGCCUUCGUCCAGUUCGAAGACUCCAGUUCGGUGGACACCGUCCUCCAAACGUACGACAACAAUUACCUGGGUGGCGUGUGGCUCGACUGCAAAAAGUCUGUGGACCGCUCGCAGCGGGCUCCGCCGAAGGGCGGCCACCCGCCGGCCCCCGCGCCGCCACCGCGACGUGGGGGACAGGGAACUGCGGAUCGGGGAGCAGGUACUAGAUUUUUGUUUAUUUUAGGUAGAUGGACUUUAACUUCUUAGAUCUAUGAAAAGACGGACAAAUCGAAGCCAGAUGUUGACUUCCCCAUUAUACUGCCUUUCCUGACCGUAUAGACGGCCUGCAAAAACAGCCCAAGAACUUGUUUGCGCUAGCAAAUCUCCUCGGCGUAAUUUCGAUCGAUUUUACUAUUCCGGAUUCUUUCUACUUUAGAGAAAUACACAACGGGAUCAUGUUGGAAACAUGGGAUGAACCGAACUCAGGUAAAGGAGGCAACCGGGGUGGCGACGGUAGUCGUGCGAAGGGUGGCAGCGUCGCAAAUGGCCGCGGUGGUGCUGCUUUCCCGACGCAGAAGACGCAGAACAUGAACAUUUUGGAAAAGGUUGCGGCCCAGCAGCAAAACAUGGGUGGCGGCAACAACUUGGCGCAGCAGCAACAGCAAAACACCCAGCACGCGCAGAAGUUCUUGCAGCAGAAUGCGGCGGGCAAUCCCGGGCAGGCGGGCAGCAUGAUUGUCAGCGUGCCCCUGCCGGGCGGCGGCUUUCUGCAGUACAUGCCGAUUCAGCCCUAUGACGGCUCCGGCGUGAUCCGACCGGCCAUGCCCGGCUGGUUCGGGGAAAUUAGGAACCAGCAGGUGGCAGGCGGUGGUGGUGUACAACAAAAUAUGAUGCAGCAGAACAAUAUCAUGCAGCAACAGCAACCACAGCAGCCCACCAUGUCUAUGCAGCAGCGGAUGAUGCAGGUACAGCAGAACAACCUGAUGCAGCAGCAAACUAUGCAAAAUGGGAUGUGGAACCUAUCCCGUGUGAAAAAAUGGACCCACCCCCUUUUCGAGACAAAAAUUCAAAUCAUGCAAGACAAAUCCAGGCUUAUGCACUGCAGUCGCGCCCUGGUAGUACAGCCACAUCAGAAAGAACCGGCCGUGUCAUUCAUAAUCCUGCUAAGAGCACGACAAAGGAUAAAUUUUCAACAAAGUUCUGAGCUGUAAGAGAGACGUUCCAGGCGGCAUGCCGAUUUGAAUGACAGAUAUGGGCGGGGGUCGUUUUUCCACAGGAUAGAACCCCGCGAACCUCGACCCC